AUGCCGGCAUUCUCGUCAUCCAAGCAGCAGAUCGACCGACUCUAUCUCGACACCACUUGCUGUCAUCCUGCCUUUGAAAAGUUCCCCAGCAGAGAAUAUGCAAUAUCGGACUUGGUGACUUUUAUUAAUCGGAGACCACGACUGGCGCAUUACUACAUCGACGCCUGGACGUUUGGAUAUGAGGACAUUUGGAUCGGGCUCUCCAAGGCGUUUCACACGAAAAUCCACGUCUCGCCCUACCUCUACGAACUUUACGAGGCCAUUGACGAUUUAAUUUCACCCAAGAUCUUGCCACAUCUGACAGUCGACGGAUCCACUGCCAGGUUUCAUUCGUGUCGAUUGGACAAGACUUGCGGAUAUGGAGGAGCAGGAGGCGAGCAUGCUGGGUCGAGGAUGCUUAUUCGAAUCCAGCCGAAUGUUUCUUGGUUUUCGCCAUUGCUUCGACAGGGACGACAGGAUGUUGAGGAAGGGAUUAUUGCGAAAGGUAUUGUCACCGGAAGGAGCAAUACUUACACGAUCAAGGAACGAUUGCCGCCGUCCAUCGGAAAGCGUGAUGACCUAUUCUAUGUAACGCGACCUUUUGUCUUCUCCUCGCUUGACUUAUUGCACACCGUGUAA